AUGGAGACGCUUGCAAGUUAUUACAACCUGGUGUUCUACGAGAGAUCAGAUCCUCGCGUCAAGGACUGGCUGCUUAUGACGUCACCAAAGCCACUCCUCAUCAUCAUCUCCGGCUAUCUGUUCCUCAUUAAGUUUGUGCUACCAAAGUUCAUGCAAGACAGAAAGUCGUAUGACCUGAGAAAUUUCAUCAAGUGGUACAACGUGCUGCAGAUUAUAUCCAACGCUGUGGUCUCUUGGGGGAUCAUGACGUCCGGCUGGACUACCACAUACCACUUCGGGUGUAUGCUACCGGAUUAUUCCAUGAAUCCAGAGGCGCUUCGAAUGCUAAGAUUCUUGUGGUGGACGUUAAUACUUAAAUUAAUUGAGCUAGUUGAAACCGCGUUCUUUCUCUUGCGGAAGAAGGAGAAGCAGGCUUCCUUCCUCCAUAUUUAUCAUCACGUCAGUUCACUGAUCCUCAUUUGGGCUGCUGUCAAAUAUGUUGGUGGUGGCAUUUCCUCUUUCUCCCCAAUGCUAAACAAUGCAGUACAUGUAGUUAUGUACACCUAUUAUCUUUUAUCUUCAGAAGGAAGUCCUACAGUAAAAGGCUUACUAAUUAAGUAUAAAAAGUGGAUCACUGUCAUGCAAAUGAUACAAUUUACAGUGAUGUUGGUGUAUAGUUCACAAGUGUUUUUACCAAGUUGCCCUGCACCUCUUGGAAUUACUUUUAUGUAUUUUCCUAAUGUAAUAUUUGUUUAUUAUAUGUUUUAUAAGUUUUUCAAGAAAAAUUACCAAUAUACUGUUGAAAAAAAAAAACUAAAUUAAAUGCAAAUAAAACAUAGCUAGGAACCUUAAUAAAAAAUAAUUGAUUAUUACACUUUUAUUUGUAUCAGUUUUGUCAGUGUUAGUUAUACUAAUAAGUAA